UAAGAUUCAACCACAUUUUCUUGGGCAUAUUUCCUUCUGAAGAGGAUGAACAACAGUACGAGGUUGGGUCUUAUUGAGGGACUUUCAAAAUAUCGUGGUGCUACUGCCGACCUCUAUUGAGCGAAUCAAUCGAGCGUACUUCGUCGUGUUGCCGACAGUCGAGAAACACGCCAUACUGGGCACAUGCGGCACCGUAUAUAUCCCAAAGAAGAAUCACCUGCUAAAACAUCGUGUCGUUGUUCUUCAUUUUCAGCACAGUGACUUCAAAGAAGGAAGUCACAUCUCACAUUUACCCGUAUGCGAAUCUUGGUCGUCACUACGUAGGAGUCAACUUUCUGCCGACUCCUGUGACGUCAUCACUUCUGAAGUGCAUCCGCCGCUGCGCUCUGUAUCAGAAAAGUACCCAGAGCCGUGUUCUCGCCCGUUACCAGUUGAAACUGGUAUCAUUCUCUUCGAAUUUUGCGUUGUUUCUCGCUCGCAGGAACUCUUACCGACUUCUAGCCCUUGCAGAGAACUGAACACGGGCGCAUUUCCUGUUCCACUCCAAUCGGGGCUGGGGAUACUUCUGGUGGGUGGCACGGAGCUGCGGGUUUUUCCUGGAGACUUUCUUGAUCCAGGGACGCAUGUGGCAGCAACGGUUCCGGUGGCUUAACCUUGUAACGGCACAAGCAGUCAGGGGGAAACUCUGAUGAGAAGCCUGCGAAGAAGGCGCAGAAAUGAGCUCCAGCCUGUAUCUCACAGAAUGCGCCGGCGACUGGCGGGACGGGGUCAGAUGGUCGAGCUACUCUGCUGUCAACUUCUAGGUUCUCAGCUCCGUCAUGUCUGAUGACUGUGGAAGAGUACGGAUUCUUAGGGGCAGCAGGUGUGUUUGUCCAGCAUGCCCCGACGCGGCGGCGGCGCGAGUGUCAUGGCACAGAAGCGUUUCUUGGUGUGCCGAAGAAAGAAGGACUCUCUCGUUCCUUCGCAUGCAUCCGAUGCUUAGGGCGCGUGUCCGCAUGGCGGAACUAGGGGGCGAGCGGCUCGGAGACCUUGUUUUUCGUGCUCUUUUGAAAUCUUUCCGUUGCGAACAUGACGAUUCCUCCCCUCUCAGCGGUAUCUCCUCUUAGCAACACGCUAACAGGGUUUUUGCUCGGCAUGGUCACAGUAGUUGGCUUCCAUGCGUGUCUGUACGUGGGCGCGUACUGGUUCUUUGCCAAGCAUUUGUACCGCGACUACGAGAUCAAGCGACUUUCUAUCCAGAACCUGUUCUCGGUCACCUUCACGGUGUGCGUGUCUAUGCUUCAACUGCUGCUGCUUGAGCUGCUUCAUGUCCUCAAUCCCACUUUGAGAAAGUGGGUAUGGAACAUCGACUUGGUGUGUGUCUUGUUGUUGCUGUACCUUAUUUUGCCAAUCUUCAUCGUCUACAAUCUACUCAUUCCUGAGCAAGAUGUCUUUAGAAUUCCCGACCUGGUCUCCGCCUUUCCUCGGCUACAAAAUCUAAACCUUCCGGGCUUCUCGAUUACCUCUCUGAGCAUUCCUGCAUCCUUGCCGCUCCCGGCCUCGUUGAAUUUUCCAUCGUCCAUCAGCCAGCACUCACGAGGCAAACUUUCCGCUCUUCUUCCCCACUCGCCGAUACCUUUACACCAAUGGCUCUUGGUGGCCCUGGGUUGCUCCAUUUUUCUGCCUUUUCUCUGGUCAUGCUUCUACCAAUCGGGAAGAUUUCUGCACCUCGACCCCGCGAUCCUCGCUUCCCUCUCGUACACAGAGUGUCUCCUCGCUUAUGUGGGUGUAUGCGGGGUCACUGUGGUGUCGGCGCUCGCGGGUUUCGGUUCUGUGAAUUACCCGUACAAGAACAUCACCGCCUUCCUUUCUCCCGUGUCCCAGGAGCAGGUUGCAGAGGUUGAGCAACGCUUGCUCCAGACACUCACCUUGAUUGCAGAAAAGAAGAAAAAAAGGAAGCAGCUGCAGCAGUCGCUUAGUAAACCUGGCCGCUCCUCCCACUGGCCCACGCCAACCACAGGCCUGCACCCGGCGAACCCCGCAUGCGUUUCGCAGGCUCCCUUUGAUGUACGGGCGCACGGAAAAGCGAACACUGGAUGCCCGGAGCAGGAGGGAGUUUCUGUGUUUGUUCACGGUGGCUCUGUGUCUUCUGAGACAAGUGCCCUCAAUAGCUCUGUCUGCGACAUAGAGAGCGGGGGCUUGCCGAAAUCGGGAAGGGGACUACAUUCUGCUUGCCAGUCGAUACCGGGUGAAGUUUGUACUGUGGACUGUGGUACACAGAGUGAAGGAUCUCAGUCGUUCGGAAGUCUACCGAGGCCAGAGGGGGGGAGUGUGGCGUCGACGGAAUAUUUCACUAAUUCCGGUCCGAAAAGUCAUUUUCGAAACGGCACACCUCUUCGAGAACGCCCUGUAUUUGCAGGGGAGCGUCAUGGGGGAGGAACAAGUGAUCAGUUUUCUCGAGAGAGAAUUCCCAGUGAAGAUGCCGGCCUCCGGUGGCUGACAGGGGAAGAAGGACAUGCAAGAACUGGGGGCUGCACAGGAAUGGCGGAUUCUUGUGGGAGAGGCAUGCACGAGAGAGGAAGUUGUGAGGAAGCUGGGAUGGUGCCGCGAGGAUUUUCGUGCCUGUGGGCUCUGUGGAAACGCGGGACAGGUAUGUGGACGCGGCUAGCUGCCGCUGUCAGGGGACGAACGGCGGAGAAGGAGUGUCAGCAACUUCAAAGCGAGAUUGCUGCACUCGAAAAUUUGUCCAGGGAAUUGUUCGUCGGUUUAAAUGAUUUGGUCCAGUCUCGUGCUCAGGCUAUUUUUAGCAAGACAUUACUCGGACGACUUAACAAUUUGAUGGGAUGGUGCAUGACGGUGGUGUGUGUCUACCGGAUAAUGACGGCUGCCAUUAAUGUGCUGUUCGACCGAGUAAGCACAACAGAUCCGGCUACCAGAGUGUUAGAGAUCGCGCUGUAUUACCUAAACAUUCCUCUUAACGUUGCGGUCGUUUCUCCGUACCUGUCUCUGCUCUUACUCGGAUGGAUUAUCGCGCUGACAAUUCGAGGGUUCAUUGAGAAAUUGCUUGCUGUGUUUCGCUACGUCUCCACAUCGGUGUCGAGCAAUGUAUUUGCCUUGGUUAUGUCUGAAAUCAUGGGUUUCUACUUCUCAGCAUGCGUCUUACUGACUCGCGUGUACCUGCCCCAGUCGUAUCGAGAUGCGGUGACUGAGAUUAUUGCUCCAUCCCUUGAUUUCAGAGUCUUCCACCUUCACUUUGACCGCGUGUUUCUCCUCUCUUCGUUGACUUCUUUGGGAAUUGUUAUGCUUUCUCAUAAGCACACUCUUGAAAAGUUCAAAAGUCUUUGAUGCAUGUGUGAAACACUUGUUUUUUAAGCGAUGGUUUUGGACGCGGUGCGUUCCGCCUUGUUCUUUACUGUGGGGAGGUGUCUGGCAUCAACUGCGGCUUGUGGUGACCUUUUAUCGGAUGUGUCCAUGCCAAAUGGAGAAGAUCUAUGUUAUAAAAGACUGUUGUCUUCAUUCAGCGAAAAGACAGUGACAGGUACCAACGGUGCAGGCACAGGUUUUGAGACCGAAGGUGGCGACUGCGAUACCUGUACACCUAUUUUGGGCCUCCUCCCCUCAAUCGGUUUAUUGAUACAUGUUUAAUUGUAUGGAUUGCUCAGCACAAUUUCUAGUUAGAGCUGCGUGUUGAGAGGUU